CUGCCGCGGGGGGGCCGGGGGCCCGGAGCAGCCCCCCGGGAUGGGGGCUCGGGGGGGCUGCAGAGCGGCUGGCGGGGGCCUGGCGGGCGGAGACGGGCGCUGAGGUGCCGGUGACCUGGGAGCCGAAGACCCCACCGGACCCCCUGCCGGAACAGGGAUCUCCCCCCACCUCAUGGAGAACAUCCAUGAACUACAGCACCCGCUGCUGGCGAAACCCUCCGGGGGCGCCCUGGCUGGGGAGGCACGGCGGGAACACCCCGGCUUCUUCACUGGGCCUGGCUGGAGGCACCUGCCCCCGCCACCCCCCGAGCUGGCCCAGCAGCUGCUGGACGCAGGGACCCUGCAGAGGACAGUGGAGCCACUGGGCAUCCCUGAGCCGGCCCCCCACCCAGGCUCCACAUGGAAGACCGGGGAGCCCCCCAGCUGGAGGAAGCAGGGGUACUGUGAGACAGCUUUCAGGGAGCUGGCCGAGCACCCCAAGAAGCUCUGCCUGGAGAAGGACAUUGACACGGUCUGCUGCGAAGUGGGAGACAGAGAGCUGCUGCCUGAGUUCGAGAACGACUCCGCAAGCGACAGCGAGAGCGAGAGCGACUUUGGCCUGAUGCUGCCGCAGGAUCACCUGGGCCUGGCCGUGUUCUCCAUGCUCUGCUGCUUCUGGCCCCUGGGCAUCGCCGCCUUCCACCUGUCCCAGAAGACCAACAAGGCCUCGGCCAAGGGCGAUUUCCCGGGGGCGCGGGCGGCCUCGCGUCAGACCUUCGCGCUGGCCGUGCUCUCCAUCCUGCUUGGUGUCUGCACCUACAUUGGCGCCGUGGUGGCGCUCAUCGCUUACCUGUCCGACAAGGGCCCCCCCUAGCACACCCAGGGGACGGACAGACGGGGGCCGGCCCAGCUGCCCCAGGCUCCCUGGACACGCCUGAGCCCAGCACCGUGGGGAUGGAGGCCAGCAGAGAGAUUUGGACUAGCAGUUCCCUCCCCCGCCACCAGAGACAUGGGCCCGGACGCCUGGGUUCACCAGGAGCAGGGUUUGGGAGCCUGAUUCGUGGUGACCGACCAGACCUACUUCCUUCCGUCCUCCUUCACUGCACCCCCAAACUGUGUCCCCAUUUUGUAUGUCUCCCGCCCCACAGCCUUCCGCUCAGGGUUGCGAUCAGUCGGAGGGGUGCACCCCACCCAGUAAAGGCCCCAUCCACUUUGCCUGCAUCUGCUGGGCAGCAAGCGGUCAGCCCCCGAGGGGAGGGGAAGGGUUAAUGCCCUGGGGGGGUGCUGCUUUCCCACUGCCCCCAGGGGUUGGAGGCCCAUAGAGAUGCAGUGGGUUAUCUCCUGGAGCCAGGGUGCUGGGAGCAGGACACCUGGGUUCAAUCCCCAGCUUCAGGGGAGAGAGGGCUAGUGGGUUACGGGCAGGGGAAGAGCUGGAAGCCAGGACACCUGGGUUCUAUCCCUGGCUGUGGAAGGGGCAUGGGGUCCUGUGGUCAGAGCAGGGGGGGUUGAGGAGCCAGGACUCCUGUGUUCUCUACCCCACUCCCUGUCUGACCUCAGCAAGUUCCUCCCCUUCUUGGUGCCUCAGUUUCUCCAUCCGACCCCAUGACAUCCUCAUGGCUGAGACAAUUCAUCCUCAAACGAAGCAGGAUGCAGCCGCUUCCAUCCUACGGCAGCCAAGUAAGCCCCCCGCGCUCUCCGCUGUGGGGGGAUGUGGCCGUGGUCCUGCCCCGCUGGCCGCAGGCUCUCCCCUUGGGCCCGGAGCAUCUGAGCAGCCCAGCAGCUCCACCCUGGCUUGAUGGGCCCUCAGCAGCCCUGCUAUGGCUUUUUCAGUGAAAGCCUUAAAUGUUCCCUUGAUCCCCGCUCAGGCGGAAAACUUCCCCAGGAGACGGCGUGGCUGGCUGGCUAGCUGGCUGACCGGCUCUGCUCUGAUGGCAGGGACACUGCUAAGAUCCACCCCAACCCGGUGCUCCCCCAUCCCACUCCUCCCUCACCAGAGAUCGGGGGAGAGACAGCGAAGCCCCCGCUCCGCCAGGGGAAAUAGUGACUUGGUGCCGGCAGGUGCUUUCAAGAGCACGGCUGGGUGGGUUUAACGGGUCUGCUCGCACGGUACAGCAGCGCCGAGCUGCAGCAAACGGGGCCAGGCCCCCAGCGGCUGGGAAUCAGCAUCGCUCCUGUUGAAGUCAAUGGGGCCAGGCCCCCAGCGGCUGUGAGUCAGCAACAGAAAGCAAAUUAGAGCAGCUGAGCUGCGCUCAGAAGCUAUUCUAUGUUCACACUAGUGUCAGCGGGAGAAUUUGGCCCUAAAUUGGUUCAAACUGGUACCACUCCCAGGAUAGCAGCCCCCCAACCCGCCCCUCUGAGGCCAGGUUUUCUAAACCCCCCACCCAACAGAAAGCUUGGGGUUAAAAACCUGUCUGCUGUGUUUGGGCCAACCCUUCCCUUCCCACUGCGACAGCCCAGCCCUAGGCCAGAGUGGGGUGCUCGGCCUGCACAUGGCCCCCCCAGCGCAUUUCGGGAGGCCCCUGGGCCACGCAGGGCCCCCCAGCGCAUUUUGGGAGGUCCCUGGGCCACGCAGGGCUCCCCAGCGCAUUUCGGGAGGCCCACGGCCUGCUUCAAUAUAAUCUAUUCACAGCCGAUUCCUUAGCACUUUGUGGUCAUGUUUACAGCAGUUUAGGUCACCCGAGUGCGUAAACAGCCAAGAUUAGACAAAGAACCCAGCUAAAUACACAUGAAACAAGCAGAACUUGAAAUACAAGUGCCCCCCAGCUUCUCCCCCUCCCCACUCGAGAUGGCUGCAUCUCAGUGCAGGGUGAGGGAAUCCAUGUAUGAACAGCCCAUGCCCCACUCCACCCCAGAGGCAGCUGCAUCUAAGCAUUGGGUGAGGGGUCCCUGCUUAGAUGAGGGUGAGGGGUCCCCAUGCCCCACCCCAGAGGUGGCAGCAUCUCAGCUCCCGGAGACAGGUCCAUGUAUCUACAAUGCUGUAGCAACUGGAAGAGCGUUAACAUUCGCAGCACCCCUGAAAACGGCAGGGGGGAUUGCGAGCGGAGAACUGCUCCCGACAGAUUUUUCAAAGCCAGGCAGCAGAUUAAGCCUGGCCCCCCCAUCACCGCAGAAAUUAACUGGAGUCACGCGGCUAAAUCCACUGGGCAGAUGUGAAAUGUCAUGGCCCAGCUGGCUGGGUUGUUUCAGUGCAGAGCCCCAGGGUGGGGGCCGGGCGCCAGCUUUGCUUUUCGGCCAGCCCGGGCUGAGUUCUGCUGGGCUGGGCCUGGACCACUAGUGGCUCGUGGGACCGACACCCCCACCGUGGCUGGGAAAGAUGGGGCAGGGCUGCAGGGAGUCGAGCUGGGGGCUCCAUUCUCAGCCUGGCAGGACAGAGGCCGGGGUCUAGCCUGAGCCCAACACCCCCCCAGUUAUUAAAUCAUGCAGAUCUCUCGCCACUGCCAGCUGGGGCUUUUCGGGGUGGUGGUG